AUGGCAGCGGAGUCCGAGAGGUCGCCUUACCCCAAUGGUCACUCUGGUGGAUCCAGAGUGGCCCAAAACGAUGAGGCUGCAUCAACUGCAUCCCGGCGGUCUGCCAGCGGAAGUGACAUGAAAGAACUGCCACGUUCAACCUUUAACCCUCAGACUCAAGCCACCAUUACAUCUCAGUUGCCUAAAUUAUCACCUGGCUUCUCCGCUCCCCCUUCCGCCACGAAUUCGACCUUCUCCUCCCGCGAGUCCUCUCCGGUUCGAUCCGCACAUCGCCCCAGCAACUCGACUUCAAAAUCCCGUGUCUCCUCCCGGUCACGCAAAGGCAGUCAGGAUCGCAGUCCCGUACGAUCCAAUACCACAAGUCAACCUGCUGGAACGGGUGCCCCUCCAUCCGCGUCCGCUGUACAAAAGGCGCCGCCCAAGCCUAUUGUUCUCAACCCUACUCCCAAUGUCGAACCGUCGGCCGAUGUACUCAACCCGGAAAAGCCUACCAUGCCUCUAUGGGCCGCCUCUCGACGACCGGAGCAAGAGACUCAUCUUGCCAAUACUUCCAGCAAACGAUCGAUCCUCCUGCCCCCCGAUGACCCUGCGAUAAAGCCCGACCGGAGCGCUCCCCGCGCCGUGAACAGAAACAAUGGACCCGUUUCUGCCCUCGAGACUGUUCAGGAAAUGGCCAGCGACCAGUCGACUCCGUCCACGGACACGAUCUUGAAUCAACCUUUCCCGGAAGAGCCUCGACUGCAGAUAAUCGACGAAGAUCCGACCACCCCGAAAGGCCCCAAGCCGAAUGUCGAAAGUGGCAGCGAGAGUGGAGGGAAUAAAAGCUCGGAGCAUGUUGGUGAGAGCCGCCGGCGUGCUUCGUCGGGACCUAAAGGAUCAGAGACUAUCAUGCCGAAACGCUCAACCACGUCGCUGAGUGGCGCUCGCAACAAGCCGGCAGAUGGAUCCGUUCGCAAUAUGAUUGUCGAGACCGAGACGGUCAGCUCCAUUCCUCAAGUCUCCUUGGGCGUUGUGACCGGCGAUCGAGGCGGCUCCGGCCGUGUCGACCCCGGUACUCUGCGCAUGAAACCCAGCACAGAGACGAUUCGUCCGAAGAAGGAGAAGAAAAGGGCUCGCAAGCCUGCCGCUCUCUCAAGUGGCGCUGCGUCUUCCAAGGCUGACAUUUUUGAAGCCAAGGUCGCCAGCGCCGUGGAUGAGGCCGAUGUGUCCGACUCGGAUGAAACCUUUGUCUACGAGUCCAACCCUCCGGAUCCAUAUCCUGCCCGACAGCCCCGAUAUCACUCGCGGACCCCCAGUACAACUUCCAUGGCUAGCCAGGUCGAUCAAUUAGCCGGUCGUAGCCGUGCUGCAGGCCUGCGAGACGGCAACCAUAGCGUAACGGGGAAGCGAAGCAUGAAAUUCACCAACAAUGCUUACGCUGGUAGCGCCGAUGGGGAUGCCGGUGAAGAAAGCGGUCGCAGUCACUCUAGAGUCGAUGCCAGCGGAUCACAUACUCCCCGCCAUCACCAUAUUGGGCGAUACGGACGCAACAACAUCUACCCGUCCCUCUUCGAUCAUGAGUCGUCGCCGUUUUCCCAACAUCACGGUCAUGUCAAAUCUCCUCGCCACUUCAUGGGGAGUGGGAUGCGGCAGACACGCCACCCCAGCUCCCGAGGAGUUCCCAACUAUCGUACUAUCUCCAACUCGAAAAAGGCGGGUGAAAUCUACGGAUACGACUUCGAUGCGGAAGGUGCCGACGACGAACGGACUCCUCUGGUAGGGUCUCCCCGUUUGGCGCGGAGCCGCCAUGGUAACCGACGACCCAACAGCGCGAGUCUGCGACAGAUGGAGUACAUGCAGCAACGCCAGCGCAACUGGUUCUCGCGAUACGGUGCCUGCGUUGUCAUUGGUCUUUUGCUAUUAGUUGUCAUUGGAGGCGCCACCUCGUUUAUCGUUGCCAUCACUAAGCCGCUCCUAGACGUCGAGGUCCUUGCCAUUCAGAACGUGCUCGCAUCGGAGCAGGAAAUCAUGCUAGACCUCAACGUGCAAGCAGUAAAUCCGAACCUCUUCCCCGUGGCAAUCGACGACGUGGACAUCAACAUCUUCGCCAAAAGCCGAUUUGUGGGUACGGACAAAUUCUGGCGCGAUCAUGGUUCCGACGGCAGUCAAUUUCCGCGGAUCGAGGAGAGCAAGAAACGGUCAGAAUUGGCACGUCUGGCACGUUGCUCAGGUAGCGGUGCGGCGGAUUGUCUGGUGAAUGAGACUCGCUCGGACGAUCCAGUCAUGCACACUCGCGAUGGCGUUGACAAGGGAACGGAUCCUAUACCAAGCGAUCCCGCUGGCGAUCCUCAGACGAUGCUGCUCGGUCGUGUAUUCCGCUUCGACUCUCCUCUGACAUUUGAAGCGUCACCGUGGAAUCAUUCGCCGUCCGUUUCUCAAGGGCAAAUCCGCCUUGCUCGACCCGGAAACAAGACCGAAGAAGGCGGCACGGAACGAUGGGAGCGGGUUCUGCAGCAUCAGUUUGAUUUGAUCGUUCGCGGUGUUGUCAAAUAUCAGCUGCCUUUGAGUUCCCGACUCCAUUCGGCCUCGGUCAGUUCCAGCGUCAAAGUAACACCGGACAGCAACGGCAAUGAUCCUGAGGAUGGCGAUAAUCCGAACCCUUCUCCUGGUGGGAACGAAACUGCCAGUAUCUCCACAACGAGACUGUAUCGCCGAGACCUCCCAAGGCCUCGUCGACUGGAGAUCCGACAAUCAGCGAUAGAGUCUGUACGAGCACGGCUUGGGAUGGCUGGACGAGCUUUUACGGCUUGA